CUCUCCCUCUCUUCUUUCAAAUAUCCAAAACUAAAACCUUUCCUUAGUAAUCUCCGUGUCCUUGUAUCAUCGAAAACAUCCUUCGAUGGCUUGCUCUCUUUCUGUUUCUCUAACAAAGACAUAUUGCUUAACAUCAUCAACGAGGUUUUCUUCUCGUUUGCUUGCCCUGAGAGCACAAUCAAACAUUCCUCACAGCAACAGCCCAUCAGAAACUGAUGAUUCCUCUUCUGCCUCUUCAUCAACCGACCCCUUGCUUAGAAAGCUAGAAGAUGCAAUCCAUCGGAUCAUUGUGCGGCGUGCUGCACCUGACUGGCUACCUUUCUUGCCCGGAUCUUCUUACUGGGUCCCAUCUCCUAGAUCUACAUCUGGCUCUCUUGGGAUUGCUCAUCUUGUUGAGAAAUUGGCUAAUCCUUUGUCCGAUGAGGAGUCCCUUUCCACCACUACUGUUAGAGGAUGGCCCUCCUCUGAUUACUUUGUUAAAGGUGCACCUGCACAAAUGAUGGAGUUAAAGUUGACCUCAAAGGACGUAGAGUCAGAUACUACUACAAGUAAUGUGUCUCACUCUGAGGAUGAGGAAGGGUAGAUCAAAAUUCUUACAAAAUCAGCUUCUGGGCUCAUCCAAGCAUGUAAAUUUUGUUUAGAAUCAAGAAACAAGUCAAACACCAACUAAAUCACAAUUUGAUCAACUGGAGCUUUUCAGAUGCGACUUGGUGUGGUAGCAACUGUGUUGUUUGUGAUGCCCUUUCUAGCUUGCUGGCUAUGGUGUUUUUUAUUUAUAGUUCAGGUGCAUGCUUGUGUACAUAUGUUUGAAGCUAAUAAAAUGGUUAUUUUAAUCUCUCU